AUGCAUACCAAUGCUGAACGCGUUCCAAGUAGAGGCCAGUGUGCGUACGAACCGCAGCGUAUAGUCCCCGAGCGCCAGCUUCCUUCAGAGGCACGCGCCUUGGCGUGUGCCGGGCGUGUGCAGUGCCUGCGCAGCGGAACUGGCACCAGUAGGUCGGGCGUGCUCCCUACGAACUCGGAGCGGGAUCGGCUUUCGGGGCGUUGGCAGGCACCAGCACUUGCCUUUGCCGUCAUGAGUCCGACGCUAUACAACGUGUUUCGACGCCAUAUGAACUGGCGGCAGUGCGCUCUGUUACCAGCAGCAUUUGCAGAUAGAGCUCGACUCCCGCUAGACUUGAAGAGGUGUGCGCGAGACUCGGGACGCGCUCUCAGUCUGAGAGCUCAGCAGUCGCUGCCACAGAACACAACACGUGAGACACCGUCGAAGCCAGUGGCACCAACGCCGCCCUUCCAAACAGAUGGUGAACAACACGCGCAGCCACAGGGACGCCUGAUCCGGGUACCACCGUCGCGCAUUCGAAACUUUUCUAUUACUGCUCACGUGGACGCGGGCAAAUCUACCCUGGCGGACCGGCUACUCGAACGAACAGGCGCAGUAAGUGCGCGUGAGAUGCGAGAGCAAUACCUUGACUCGCUGGAACUGGAGCGUGAGCGAGGGAUUACGGUGAAGCUGCAGGCAGCGCGAAUGAACUAUACCGCACACGACGGCCAGACUUAUGUGCUGAACCUGAUCGACACACCGGGCCAUGUGGAUUUUUCCUAUGAGGUCUCUCGUUCACUGCAAGCGUGCGAGGGUGCACUUCUGCUGGUGGAUGCGACCAAGGGUGUCGAGGCGCAGACACUCGCGAAUGCGUACCUGGCGAUGGAGAACAAUUUGGAGAUCGUCCCAAUUCUGAACAAAAUAGAUCUGCCGGCAGCGCAGCCAGAGCAGGCAUCCCAGGAGGUCGAGCAGGUCAUCGGUAUUGAUAUGCGCGAUGCAGUUCGGACCUCGGCGAAACUGGGUAUUGGCAUCGAAGAGACACUGGAGGCAAUCGUGAAACGGAUUCCGCCACCCCGAGUCCGCGACGAGAAUGCCCCGCUCCGCGCGCUCAUAUUCGAUAGCGCCUAUGACGAUUAUCGCGGAGUCGUGGUCUACUUUCGUAUCGUUGACGGUACCUUACGCAAGUCGGAUCGUAUUCGCUUUAUGGCGAAUGGCCGCGAAUACGACGUCGAUGAAAUUGGCGUUUUCACACCGAAACCGCUUCCUGUCGAAGAGCUGUCCGUUGGCGAGGUCGGCUACCUGGUGGCUGGCAUCAAAACCGUAGCGCACGCUCGCGUUGGCGACACGAUUACCCUAGCACGCCAUCCUGCAUCUGAACCGCUUCCGGGCUACAAAGAGGUCAAGCCGAUGGUGUUCAGCGGUAUCUUCCCCGCCGAUGCAAGCAUGUAUAACCAGUUACGAGAUGCUCUCGAAAAACUGAAACUCAACGACGCUGCGCUCUACUAUGAAAACGAAAACUCGCCGGCACUGGGCUUUGGCUUCCGUUGCGGUUUUCUGGGCCUGCUCCAUCUCGAUGUGGUCAUCGAGCGCCUCGAGACAGAAUACGACCUCGAUCUUGUGACGACGGCACCUUCGGUUGUCUACCGCGUUCAUACGACCAGCGGCGAGGUCCUCGAGAUCGACAAUCCGUGCAAGUUGCCGCCACCGACGAAUAUUGAACGAAUCGAGGAACCCUAUGUGCGUAUCGAAAUGAUCACACCAGCAGAGUACGUGGGAUCGCUCAUGGAGCUCGCCCAGAGCCGUCGUGGCGAGUUCCUCGACAUGCGCUUCCUCACCGAAUCCCGGGUGGUGCUCAUUUACGAGAUGGCCCUGGGGGAGAUGGUGAGUGACUUUUUCGACCAGCUCAAGUCGCGGAGCAAGGGCUUCGCUGGCCUCGACUAUCGCCUGGUUGGGUAUCGAGCGAGUGACCUGGUGAAGCUCGACAUCUCCAUUCACGGUGAAGUUGUGGACGCCAUGAGCGUCAUCUGUCAUCAAUCAGCGGCACAAGCGAUUGGACGGAGUCUGUGUCAGCGACUCUUGGAGAUCGUCCCGCGUCAACAGUUCAAAGUCGCCAUCCAAGCGCGUAUUGGGUCCAAGGUCAUUGCCUCCGAGCAUCUGAACGCGCUGCGGAAGGACGUGACCGCCAAGUUGUACGGUGGCGACGUCACACGCAAGAAGAAACUGCUCGAAAAACAAAAACGAGGAAAGAAAAUCGCCGCGGAACGAGCCCUCGCAAGCGGCAUUCGCGUGCCGAAGGAGGCGUUUCGAGCGAUUCUGACGGCGAAACGUGACGCCGCUUCCUAA